AUGAAGAAGAAGAUCAGAUCUGAAUCCCAUUUCCAUUUCUUCUUCGCUCAAUCGCUCCUCGAUGUUCUGAAGCCCCAUUUUCAUUUCUUCUUUGCUCAAUCAUUCCUCGCCGUUCAGCCUUCAGCCGCGUCGCCUCGUCGUUCAGCCAUCGCCACCUCGCCUCGUCGUUCAGCCGUCGCUACCUCGCCGUUCAGCCGCCGCAACCCGCCAUUGCCUCCCUCUCAUGUUCAGCCACCGCCGGUCAGUGUAAGCUGCACUCUAGACCACACGCAUUCAGGCCGCGUACUGGAUUCGAAGAAUAUUGCUCCUCCUAGAGGUGAAGAAGAUGAAGGGGGCUAUGAAGAGGAUGGUGAAGAGGAGGAAGGGGCUAUGAAGAGGAGUGUGAGCAGGAAGAAACACAUGAGCCUUCAAUGGAGUUGGAAUAUUUGGAACUAAGGCGAAAGCUGAAAGAAAGAUUCGGGAUAGAGGUACAUAAACUUAGAGCUAAUUUAAGAGCCUAAGUAUAUUGUGUUGAUUGUUAUAAGUAUAUUGCGUUUGAAGUAUAUAUAUAGUUAUGUUUAUGUUCAUAUUUAUUAGAGUUGGUUUGAAAACCAUUGUGAAUAGAUAGUUUAAUUUUUUGUAAUUAGUUUUGUAUUUUUUGGGUGGAUUUGGAUUGAUAAGUAUA